UAGUUUGACCGCCCCCCGGCCCCCAUCUUUACAUCCCGGCCGGACGCGCUGCAGGUCUAGCCCCCUUACGGACAAAGAAGAAGUGCUUAUAAUCGUCUCAGUGUUUCCCACGAAUGUUUAAGCGUCCACUGUAUCGCUAGUGGUCUUGGAACGAGCCCCCUUCGAAAAGGGAGACUGCCGUAUGGUGACAGUCUCUGAAGCAUUUAGCACAGAUCCUGGCACAUAGUUUAAAUUUUUGAUUGAAGUAGCUCAACACAUUAGGAACUCAUGUCUUUUCUUGUAAGUAAACCAGAGCGAAUUAGGCGGUGGGUCUCGGAAAAGUUCAUUGUUGAGGGCUUAAGAGAUUUGGAACUAUUUGGAGAGCAGCCUCCGGGUGACACUCGGAGAAAAACCAAUGAGGCGAGCUCAGAGUCGAUUGCAUCCUUCUCUAAGCAGGAGAUCAUGAGUAGCUUUCUGCCAGAGGGAGGGUGUUAUGAGCUACUCACCAUUAUAGGAAAAGGGUUUGAGGACCUAAUGACAGUGAAUCUAGCCAGGUACAAACCAACGGGAGAGUGUGUGACUGUGAGGAGGGUCAACCUGGAAGCUUGUUCCAACGAGAUGGUGACAUUCCUGCAGGGGGAGCUUCACGUCUCUAAGCUCUUCAACCAUCCCAACAUCCUGCCAUAUCGAGCCACCUUUAUUGCAGACAAUGAGCUGUGGGUUGUCACAUCAUUCGUGGCGUAUGGUUCUGCAAAGGAUCUCAUCUGCACUCACUUCAUGGAUGGCAUGAGUGAGCUGGCGAUCGCUUACAUCCUGCAGGGGGUGCUCAGGGCCCUUGACUACAUCCACCACAUGGGCUACGUGCACAGGAGCGUCAAAGCCAGCCACAUUCUGAUCUCUGCCGACGGCAAGGUCUACUUGUCCGGUCUGCGCAGCAACCUGAGCAUGAUCAGCCACGGGCAGCGGCAGCGUGUGGUCCAUGACUUCCCCAAGCACAGCGUCAGGGUUCUGCCUUGGCUCAGCCCGGAAGUCCUCCAGCAGAAUCUUCAGGGUUAUGACGCCAAAUCGGACAUCUACAGUGUGGGAAUCACAGCCUGUGAACUGGCCAACGGCCACGUCCCCUUUAAGGACAUGCCUGCCACCCAGAUGCUGCUGGAGAAGCUAAACGGCACGGUGCCCUGCCUGCUGGACACCAGCACCAUCCCCGCCGAGGAGCUGACCAUGAGCACCUCGCGCUCAGCGGCCAACUCUGGCCUGGGCGAGAGCCUGGCCCCCGGCACCCCCAGGACCUCCAACGGCGACUCGCCUUCCCACCCCUAUCACCGCACCUUUUCUCCCCACUUCCACCACUUUGUGGAGCAGUGCCUUCAGCGCAACCCUGACAUCAGACCAAGUGCCAGCGCCCUCCUGAACCAUUCUUUCUUCAAGCAGAUCAAGCGACGUGCCUCAGAGGCUUUGCCUGAGUUACUUCGUCCUGUCACCCCCAUCACCAAUUUUGAGGGCAGCCAGACUCAGGACCACAGUGGAAUCUUUGGCCUGGUAACAAACCUGGAGGAGCUGGAGGUGGACGACUGGGAGUUCUGAGCCUCCGAAGAAUGUGACCUCAGCCCAGGAGCGUGGGCUCCAGGGCCCUUCCUGAGGGCUGGCCACGCCCCACCGCCCUGAGGGCAGUGGGCAGGAGGGACAUUUCUGCCAGCCUGCUGCGUCCUGACUGGGAAGGAGAUUCCUGGAGAGAGACUCUUACUGCUCCAGGGCAUCUGAGGCAGGAGGGACUCCAGCCGCCAGGGAUCCGGAGAGGCUGGAAAGCCGACUUCCCAGCCCGUGAGGAAGAGAUGCUCUUCUGGCCCAGCAGCUCAGGUCCAAGCCCAGGGUUUGGCUGAUCGGCCCAGGGAACUGUGCAGCCCCUCGUGCCACCCUCGCUGUCCUGCCAGCCUCAUGCCAUUCGUUUCUUCUCAGAUCCUGGAGGGCCACGGAGGGGCAAGCAAUAAGCACCCAGUGCCCUCCCUCACGCUGCGGCUCCCGGGAGCGAAGGGGAGUGUAGUUUUCUGUUACGCUCCAGUCAGGGCCGUCCUCUUCCUUUGUCACUGGACCCCGACACCUAGGCCCAUCCCGUAGUUCUCCUGGGCAGCUUGUCCUUCCCCACCCAGAGCCCUGCCACUUCCUCUGGUGCUUUCUCUGCUGGCCAGGCCGUCUUGCCUGGCCUGAGGGCUGUGUCUUAGGCUGUUAGUUUCAUUGCCAGAACAAAUUAAAGUUCCCGUGAGUGC